GUGUGUGUGCUCCUCACACAAUUGUGACAGCUGGCUGAUGUAAACAAUGCGUCGCAUCAUCAUUUCCUUGCGCUUAUUUCACGAACAAACCGUCCACGUAAGGUUUUUUUUGGCUCUUGAAAUGAAUUCCAACACCGAAGGUAUAUUAUCGAACCCAUCGCAAUGGAAGCGUCCGGAAGAUAUUUUAAAAAUGCAACGGCUCAAAAGAAAGCAGCGGGCAUUGCAGGAUCGUAUAAAUAAUCAUUCGAAAAGCGCAUCAACGCAUCCGACACAGCAAACGAGCAGUGAAGCAGACCCGAUAGUGAAUCGAUUCGAAGGCAACCCAAAACGGAAGAAUCCUUUCUCGAGAAACAUAGACCCAGCUCCCAAGCGACAGAAGGAAGGUCACGCGGAUGAGCUGGACGGAGGAGAGCAAACCAUCUUCAAUCUGCUCAACAAACCGGCAACGACACUAAUCGUGCCAAAUCUUGAAGUACCAUCCGCAAAACCGGCCAUCGAACCACGGUUUCUUCAAGAGCAUUGUCCAGUAGAACAAUCGCUUCCGGUAGAACCGGAAGAAGAGGCACCUAAAACAAGUAAGCUCGCUCCGAUCCAUUGGAGCAUCAAGAGCAAGAUGCGCAUCAUCUGUCGAACGCCAAUACCGGGUACGAACUUAAAAACCAACCAAGAAGCUAGUGGACUCACCUCAUUCGUUCGCUGUAUUGACUCGAAGGAAUCGUCCACCGGGUUGGACAUAUCGCCUGGGGCGCGCUUUUAUCAGGCCACCCUUUACUGGCAACAUCCGUACCUGCCGUGGUUCACAUUGUUUCCGAGAAAUUCCCGAAACAAUCAUACCCAAGCACCGCUGGAUGAAUCCGUCCGUGGUGUGUUGGCAAAAGAGUGGACCAUUAGCUUCCGGAACUUAUUCCAGCUGGUCCGUGCCCGGCAGUGUCCGUACUUUUAUCUGUGUGCGAACUCGUUCACCGUUCUGUUCCGGGCGGCCGGUAUUGGUGGGCGAGUCGAAACACACGCACUACUAACACCGACCACACGGGGAAUGCGCGCCGCCCUGAAGCAGGAAGAGAUUGAAUUCACGAUGCCACUAAAGAAAGGGUCGCCAGCGGCGCAGGAGAAUUUGAACCGUUCCUCCGAGUCGGGUAUUGGAAACAGUAGCUUUUCCAACUCGUCGGAAGAACAGUCACAAACGACAUGCAAUGAAGAUACGGCGGAUCGAUCGCUGGAAGCGAAUGCCGACGAGGACGAUGACGAUAUGGAUGGUGAGCAGUGGUUGGAAAGUCUCGGUGUAGAUGCGGCGGAAAUACGCAAAAUCAGCGACAACCACAGCAAGAAGCAGCAACAGCGAGAAUGUGGUGCGGACUACAGCGAUCAGUCGCUAGUCCUAAUCGAAGGUCCCGAAUGUCAGGCGUUCUUCAACUUUCUUCUCAACGCGAAAAGCACCAUCGCGAAGGUUGGUCGGUUAGCGGGCAUACCACCGACACUGCUUGCCCCGGUGUCCUUCGCUGGAGCAACACUUCGUACCCUGCAAACUCGUUCUAGCAAAAUUCAAAUGGAUGGACAGGAAUACCACAGCACGGAAUUGCAAGGCGUUAUCCUGCCACACAUCUUACCGUACGUGACUGAUCUCCUGUGUGAAAGUAAGGACAACUACAGCCUAACGCUUGCAACCGUCCCGAGCACGACGGCACUGUGUGAAGCGUCCCAGAGGCUCAUAAGCGAUUCCGACAAAGAAAACGACGCAUCCGCUCUGGCAGGGCCCGUAUUUGGGAAGGAGAAUCUGUCCGACUGUGGGCUCAACAUGCGCAUCGUCGAUAACAUGUGCCGGGCGACGAAGGAUUCCGUGUUCGACACGGAACGCUUGCUGUACAGUCAAGAGGCCGGAGGGUUUACCUGGAGCUAGCAUAAUUUACUACCGUUUAACAAUAGUGCAAUAAAGCACCCAUUCAACACAACCAUUCAUGACUGGUCACAUUUCA